CUACUACGAAUAGGGUGGAUCCGGCAUAUAAAAAGAGAAAGGAACAGAGUGAAGAAGGAAAACGGCAGAGCGCCAUGGCGUCAUCCGCCGACUCUGCUUGUUCACAACAGAAAACGAAGAAAGCGAAGAUAGAAGUAGAAGAGAAAGAUAAAAUUAACGAAUUACCAGGGGAAACCCAGCGUAUCAUUCUGUCUCUCUUGCCCUUCAAGGAUGCGGUCAAGACUUCAAUACUCUCAAGAAGCUGGGCAAAUCUAUGGGAAUCGGCCGUCACAAAGCUGGACUUCGACGAAACAAACCUAUCGACGAAGAGAAGGACCCAGUUCAGAGAAUGGAUCAAGCGGUUUGUGGCAAGGCAGCAGCGAAACGACGAUGCCUCCUCCCCAAUCCCACCACAACAAUUGAAAAAGUUUAGGGUUUCAUUCGAAUUGGCGAGUCAAUGCUGUUCCAAUGGGGAUGUUGAUUCAUGGGUCAAGUUCGCAUUGUCGAAAAGGGUCGAGUCUCUCGACCUCUCCUUCGUUUCGUGCCGAUACUACCACCAGAACUACGUUUUCCCCUGUGCGAAUCACAUCAAAACCCCAACUGGGUUGUCCGAGAUCAAGCCCCUGAGAUCAUUGCGAUUUAGUCAUGUCGACGUCGACGACGAGACGAUUCAACACUUGAUCUCUAAUUGCCCUCAUCUCGAAGAGCUAGCUGUAACCAUGUCAGAUUCACUAGUAAAUCUCAGUAUUCCUGCUGCUGCUGCAUUUGCAUUGAAGCGCUUGGAACUGAGGGAUUGCAGGCUUCUAAAGUCCUUGGAGAUAGCUGAUGUCCCAUCGCUCACCCACUUCACGCUCUUGGGCUUGGGUUAUUAUCAGCGGACGGAACUACGUAUGGAGAAAUUUGCUACUCUUGUGGAUUUGAGGAUCAACAUUAGGGAAGACGAUGUUACAUUUGCUUUCAUCUCCAGCCAUGCUGCUCAGUUGGCGGCUCUUGCGAUGCGAGUAGAGUCGGAAGGCUCGUGGUUUCCCAAUGUAGUUGAAUUCACCCGUCUCGAGGUACUGGAGGUUGAAACAGAAGGCGGUGUCUUCAGCAACGUUAUCCGCUUGAUCGCGCUGAUAAACGCUUGUCCUCGAUUGCACACACUGCGACUGUCAUUCAAAAGAUUCGAACAGGAAAGGAUCAUAUUACAUCCAAAUGUGGACAGAGUAAGUAGGGAGAGCAUCAGAGUGGUGGAAAUUAGUGGGUUUCGUGGUUGUUGGACUGAUUCCCACUUUGUGCAGUAUGUGCUUGGGUACUUUGUGGGGCUCGAGAGAAUCGUCGUUCAUUGCAAUAAUACGGCAGGUUACGUAGCAAAACAACAGGCUCGGGAGUUCAAAUCUAGAGUAUCCCCUGCAAUCGACUUUGUUAUAAUGUAGAUGUUUAUGGAUUCAUCAUUGACCUUCAUCUGGUAGUGCGCUGUCCAGAUCAGUACGCUAUUUUCUAUGCUUUUCAUCGGCUUGGUUCCUUUGGUAAAAGCUUGUCACACAUUGCGUCUGUUGAUCGCAAAGGGUCGAGAAGAUGGUUAUCAAUUGCAGUAGUUAAGUGGAGGGCACGGACUUUGUUUUACUUUAGAUGUAAAUGCAUCAUUUUAGCUUUACUAUGAGUUUUCUGGCUUUGCAAUACUAUGCACUUAGCAAUGUCAUAAAAUCUUGACUUAAUAGACUGAAGGGCAGGGAUUUUUGGCUAUUUGAAGGAGAAAGUGGAUCCUGGAAUUGGUUAAAACUACUCAGAACUCGACCUCAAGUACAUGGUAUCCUCGGAUCCUUUCUUGCAGCAGGUUUCAAUGUCAGUUCAGCUAAGUUCUUCAUAGAAAGGGUUUUGGAUGCAGCCGCGACAGUCCAAGGUUGAAUGGUAUAUGCUUAUAUGGAAAGUUCCUGGUACUUCUAAAAAUUGGUUUGUGAUGUGGAUGAUACUGCUAAACCACAUGCAAACCAGAGAUGAAUUGUCGAAACUGGGAUAUAUAAGCUCGGUUAAAUGUGUGUUUUGCAGAAGUCCAUUGUUCAUGAAGUUGCUAUGAAGGGUGUAGACUGGUUGGUGAAACAAGUUAGGGCUGAGGUUAAAUGUAUGAGUGGAGAAAACAUGUCCUCUGCUUUUGGUUCUAGUGUCUUUAUGUUGAUUUUGCCUAAAGUUCCAUAUGGCGCGUUUGAUUUUCUUGUUCAAGUAGAAUUGUAGUUCUAGUAUUUGCUUACCUAUGUGUGUGGGUGUUGUCAUAGUAACUUCAACUUUUGAGGAUAUAUAACAUCAAGCCAUGGAUAAAUUUUUUAUACUUUA